AUGCCCAUCUACUCGACGCAAAUCGUCCGCCUGGACGGCUUGAUGCUCGCUGCAUCCAUCGAGAACUCCCCACUGCUAUCGAGUCUGGCGAAUACAAGCUUCACUNACUACCGUCACGAGGAACUCAUCUUCUUCGCCAUCACCGAACGUUCUUUCCCCAAGGAGCUUGCCGCCAUGUACCUGGACGACGUCUCAGCAGAAUUCUUGAGCACCCACAGAGACACCGAAUACCGUUCGCCAGCAUUGCGCCCGUAUGCUUUCAACGACUUCGAUACCUUCAUGCAACGCACGAAAAAGUCAUACGAGAACCCGAGGGCUUCGAACAAUCUCGACAAGGUGCAAGCUCAGCUGAAAGAGACGACUCAGAUCAUGUCCAAGAACCUGGAGGAUCUGCUCUACCGUGGCGACAGCUUGGACAGAAUGGGCCAGAUGAGUUCCGACCUGAGAGAAUCAAGCAAAAAGUACAAACGUGCCGCCGUGAGAAUCAACUGGGAGUUGCUCUUGAAGCAGGUACGUUCUCAGCACCAUGAGCCAUCUCGGCCUCCGCUGACCGAAUACUGUAGUNACGGCCCCUUUGCCGCUCUUGGUGCGAUUAUCCUGUUCUUCAUUAUCUGGCGAUUUUGGUAA